ACCCUAUGAUGAAUUACGCUUAAAUAAAAAAUCCUAGAUCAUUAAAACAUGGGUAAAAAGAAAACAAAAACACCUGAUGUUCCACCUAAGGAAGAGGUAUGGUUUACAUUUUGCAACUAUUGUCAGGACACUCAUUCUUUUAUCAGAAUUCUUACCUAAGGAAGAGUUUGAUGCUGUGGAAUUAAUCUCAAAAAGACCUCAGACAGUUGUUCUUGUUCUGCAAUCUGAUGAAGAAACUGUGUUACAAAAAGUUUGUGAAGCCUUAUACAAAUUUGCUGACAAAUCACCAGAGAACAAACUUCAGCUGUUAAAUUUUGGUGCAUUGGAUUAUUUGAUAAAAUUAAUUGGCCAUGAAAAUAAACUUGUUAGGAGGAAUGCAGUGAUGUGUAUUGGAACAGUUGCAAGCGAAGCAACGGCACGAAGGUUGAUGAGAAAACUAGGAUGUGUUGUACCACUGCUGACAUUAUUAUCUCCUGAAGAGGAAAUGGUUUGUCAUGAAUUUGGAAGUCUAGCUUUGUCCUGGCUGGCAGAGGAGUAUACCAGCAAAGUGGAAAUAUUUGAAAAUCAAGGACUCCCACUUCUUAUAAAUCAUUUGAUGUCACCAGAUUGUGAUGUGCAGCAUAAUUCAGCCCGCGCGAUUGGUCUUCUAUUGGAAGAUUUUCAAUGUAGAGCUGCGUUUAAAGAACUUAAUGGUGUUGAACCAUUAUUAAAACUUUUGGAUUCGGACUAUCCAGCAAUACAAAGACUUUCGCUGACUGCUUUGAUCAUCUGCUCUCAAGAUCCUGAAAACAGAAGUGCGAUACGAGAAUUAAAUGGACUGGCAAAACUUGUUGAUAUUAUUGGUGCAGAGAGUAUGAGUGAUUUGCAUUUACCUUGUUUGAAAUGUCUCGCUAACUGUUUGGAAGAUAUUGAUAGUUUAAAGCAAAUACAAAGCAGUGGUGUUUUCCAAAAACUUCUGGCUUUUGUUGCUGAAUCAAGUAAUCCCGAAAUGCAACAGUUCACGGCCACAGUAAUUUCUGUUGCUUGCAGGAUUGAUGAAAAUCGUCAAAUAUUCAGUGAACAGGAUACUGAGAAAACAUUGAUUACAUUGCUGAGCAGUGACAACGUCCUUGUUGUUACUGCUGCUGCGAAAGGAUUAGCUGCAAUUUCAGAAAACUUAACAAGUCGUGAUAAAAUUGGAAAAUUAGACGGGAUUCCACCGAUUGUUCAAUUAUUAAAGAACGAAAACGAAGAAGCGAGACAAACUGCUAGCUUAGCUUUAGCUAAUUUUACUAAAAAUAACCCAUCCAACUGUGCUAUUGUGAUGGAGAAAAAUACGAUUGAUAUUUUGAUUGACUUGCUUUCAGAUGCAAACUUUGAGACGCAAUCAAAUACAGCAAUAUGUUUGUCCAACCUCUCUAUGAAUGAAACUUUGAGAACAGAGAUCAUCCAACAUGGUGUUAUUAAAGGUCUUACAUGUGCUAUCAAAUCCGAAGAUACGAAUGUACAGAUACAUGGGUGUCAAGCAUUGGCUUCAUAUUUAUACGACCAGCAAUCCAGAGCGCAGUUGUUAGAAGAAGAGGACGCUAUUAAUCAACUUGUCUCGCUUAUCCAAUCCAAUAAUGAGCAAGUUCGAAGAAAUGCAUCCUGGGUUAUCGUGUUAUGCGCGGUCGAUCAAGCAGUAGCCGAAGAAGUCACACGAUGCGGAGGGUUAAUGGUUUUACAAAAUAUCAACUUAUCCUCAAGGCGCAGCAAAUUUACUGUAACAGCGUUCGAACGACUCCUUAAUUCCAAUUUACCUGCUAAAUAUGCUUUGAUGGGGAAACUGGACUUUGAUAACAAAAUAAAUGACGUAUUUUACGACACCGGAAGGAUUGCACCAGGAGAGACAUUUCCCUCGCUUAACAAAUUACAGAAUCGACCGAUUGAUCAAAGUAGACCUAUUCUGUUGAUCAAUUUCAACACGCAUAGUGUUCGAAUGAAGCCAACGCAUCAACAAGAUCAGGCGGAAAAAAUGAUAAAAGAGAAAUCACGCGAAGACACAAGUCAGAGCGAACCUGCAUCGAAAGAGUUCGUUGAAUCUGUUGACAAACAAUCAAAAAGUCGUUUAACAAGAUAUAAAUUACCGGUAGACAAAACGUUCAUAUCUUAUGUUAAAGAGACGAGGUUAACUAUAAAACGCAGUUUGUCUGCCGAAGAACAAGCACAAGAGUUGGCAUGUUAUGUAUGCGACAAAAUGGGUGGACCGAUUGGUAAAGUUGACAUCACCAAUUUUUUUUACGAACAUCACAUUAGUGAGUUGAAAACUGAAUUCGACUCAAACAUCAUUCCGAUUGGAAAAAUCGAACAUGGAAUAUAUUACCAUCGUGCCUUGUUGUUUAAAGUCCUCGCUGACAAGAUAUCGCUGCCUUGUUCGCUAGUACGCGGUGACUAUGGAAGGGCAUGGAAUGAAGUGCAAAUAUUUGACGUAGAUGAGAAUGGUGAAAUAAUUUUUCCACCGAAGAUCUUUGUGGUUGAUUUGAUGCACAAUCCUGGUCAGUUAAUGACAUCAGGGUCGCCAGAAGCUGUGUCAUAUCAACGCAUCUGAUCACCUUUUUAUAAUUGUACAUACGAUUUAAUAUAUUUUUAGUUACUGAUAGCGUUGAGCAAUUCGUAUUUAGACAAAAAUA